CCAUUGUGCUGCUGUAUUCUUUGAGGCAGACUGAUACUGUUGACAUGGGAAACAGACCACCUGUGAAGCAACAAGAAGAAAAGGAAGUGUUUUUAGUGAAAGUUGCACCACCACUAGACCGAGCUUAUGUCAGGUGGCUUACUCAAGAUCUCGAGAGGAUUCAUGGCUUUACUCCGAGGAAUCCUCGUGCUAUAAAGCCUCCAGAUCAUUACAUCGAGUACAUGCGCAUGAAUGGGUGGUUAGAUUUGGACCUAGAUGAUCCUGAUCUGGCCCACUUGUUUAAAUAGGAAGUCUAUUCCAUAUUUUUUUGUACAAAAAGAAGCCAAGUGAAAUAUUUAGCUAUACUUCAGUCUCCAGAGAGAGUUGCUUCAGCUCAUUUCAAUUCAGGACCUGUUAAUUCGAAUGUAGUAAAAGAUGUUAUCU